UCGUUAUAGUAUGGAUGUUAGCGUGGAUGAAGUGAAAGCCUUGGCAUCUCUAAUGACAUACAAAUGUGCUGUGGUUGAUGUGCCAUUUGGUGGGGCAAAGGCUGGUGUCAAGAUCAAUCCCAAGAACUACACAGAUAAUGAAUUGGAAAAGAUCACAAGAAGAUUUACCAUGGAGCUAGCAAAAAAGGGUUUCAUCGGACCUGGUGUUGAUGUGCCUGCUCCCGACAUGAGCACAGGGGAGAGGGAGAUGUCCUGGAUUGCUGACACCUACGCCAGUACCAUAGGACACUAUGACAUCAAUGCACACGCAUGCGUUACUGGUAAGCCCAUCAGCCAAGGUGGGAUCCACGGACGUAUAUCUGCAACUGGUCGUGGGGUCUUCCACGGAAUAGAAAACUUCAUCAAUGAAGCAUCAUACAUGAGUAUAUUGGGAAUGACUCCUGGCUUUGGGGAUAAAACAUUUGCUGUUCAGGGAUUUGGUAACGUGGGCUUGCACUCUAUGAGAUACCUGCAUCGUUUUGGAGCCAAAUGUGUCGCUGUUGGAGAGUUCAACGGUUCUAUCUGGAAUCCGGAUGGGAUUGACCCGAAGGAACUAGAAGACUACAAAUUGCAACAUGGGACGAUCAUGGGCUUCCCCAAAGCACAGCCCCUGGAGGGCAGCAUCUUGGAGAUAGACUGCGACAUUCUCAUCCCUGCCGCCAGCGAGAAGCAGUUGACUAAGGCCAAUGCUCACAAGGUCAAAGCAAAAAUUAUUGCCGAAGGUGCCAAUGGGCCUACAACCCCUGAAGCCGACAAAAUCUUCCUGGAGCGGAAUAUCAUGGUUAUCCCYGAUCUCUACUUGAACGCUGGUGGUGUUACAGUAUCCUAUUUUGAGUGGCUGAAAAACUUGAACCACGUCAGUUAUGGGCGCUUGACUUUUAAAUACGAAAGGGAUUCAAACUACCACUUGCUCAUGUCUGUCCAGGAAAGCUUGGAAAGAAAAUUUGGGAAGCAUGGUGGAACUAUUCCAGUGGUGCCUACAGCAGAAUUUCAGGAUAGGAUAUCAGGUGCAUCUGAGAAAGAUAUCGUCCAUUCUGGUCUGGCUUACACAAUGGAGCGCUCAGCCCGGCAAAUCAUGCGCACUGCCAUGAAGUACAACCUGGGUCUGGACCUGAGAACAGCUGCCUAUGUCAAUGCAAUUGAGAAGGUCUUCAAAGUGUACAAUGAGGCUGGCCUGACCUUUACAUAAGCAGGCCCCUACUGCUCCUUAUUGUAUCCCAUCCUUCUUGCCGUUCAUGUACCCUUUUCUUGAAAAAGCUUAUCACAAGUUUACAUGUAACCACAAAAAAUUCUUUUCUUCUGACAUUAUAGUGGAUUCUAUUCUGAAUUAGUUUCAGUCCAAACUAGUUUUUUUAUAUAAUAAAAUCCAUGAAUUAGGAUAUUGUAUACAAAUAUAUACCUGAAGAUAACCAUUCAUCUGCACUUGUGGGGGCCAUUCUGGGUAUUUCGCCUACAAAAACAAAAUGGUACAUUUUAUGUAUGGAAAGAGUGGCCACGCCACCUGGCCACUGCUCAAACUUCAGAUCAGAUACUGUACUAUAUGAGCAUUUUGCUCACUAUUACUUCAUGCACUUUUGUUUAAUUAUGUAAUUUUGGCUUUGGCACUUUCAGUAAGGCCUUGUAUGAUCAAUGCCAUGGCAUUGUCAGAGGAAGAAUGGGCCUCCAGCAGGGAUUAAYUUUGAUAGGAAUCUAAUUUUUAUUUGUAGUAAAGCUUCAGGCCUGAUUCCCUUUAGGCAAUGUUUUUUUCUUUAACUGUGCUGCUGUUAGAGGACUGCUUCAAUUGCUUGUUCAAGCUAGCUUGACUAUCACAAUGAAAUAUAUAGAGAAGUGACAGAAACUAGUAUUUUUAUAAGCUGAAACAUGCAACUCUAAUGUGGUUAUGUUUUUAAUCAAGUAUCUAUGUAACUAGUCUGACUAKAGGUUUUUUUUUUUUAAGAAAGGAUAAUCUGAAUUUGAUAAGUAAUCCUACUCUGAAUUUUUGACAUUUUUUCAGUCUUUUCCUUUGUGAAAGUAAGUUAUUGUCACAGUGAAUGACUAAAGUGAAACUGCACCCAGAAAUAGUUGGCCAAACUACACAGGAGCUAAAUGCUGCUAUAUGAACUUAAUCCACUGUCUUAACACACAGCCUUAUUUUUGCCUUCUCUCGCUCUCUCUUUUUUUGUCGUCAUCUGGAGAUCUUGAAUGUUUUGAAUAUGUUCAA